AUGGCGGAGACGAACGGGAAUAUCAAUGGCGAAAGCUCCACUCAGUCGACGCUUAAGUCUACACAGACCACAGAACCGGCAGUUGACACAGGUGCAUCGCGAAGACCUCGAGACGCGAGAACGAUCCAUCUAAUGUUGGCAUCUUUGGGUGUUACUUCAUACCAAGAAAGGGUCCCUCUAGCUCUAAUGGACAUCGCAUACCGAUACACCAACUCCGUUCUCCAAGAUGCUUUGCUCUACUGGGAUGCUGCCCACCCAGCGACUACAACCGGCCAACCACCUCCCCAGAUUACAAUAUCCGACCUUAGAAUGGCGAUCUCUGCGAAGGUUAAUCACCAAUUCGUCGCUGCUCCGCCCAAGGAAUUUUUGUUGGACGUCUCGCAGGAUAGGAAUAAGGUUGCGCUGCCGCCUGUUAAGAAGGACUGGGGUACAAAGCUACCACCAGAGCAGUACUGUUUAACCGGUGUCAACUGGGAACUUUUGGCUGAUCCGACUGAUGAUGGUGUUGAUGAGGAGGAAGAAGAGGAGGAGGAAAAUGGAGAAGGAGAUCUUACACCGAGGGAGAAUACAAGGAAUGAACGUGACGAGGCGGAUGAAGAGAUGCCUGAUGCCGUGGCUGAUAUGUUCCGAGAGAAUGGCGAUGGAGAUCGAGACGAGGAUAUGGUGAUGUAG